CUAUAAAUACGCAGUGUACAUCUGAGUCGCUCACGUGUAGAUGCAGUUCCGUAAUACCGGCAUUUGACAUUAUCACAAGUGGAUUACACACAAAUAGUGCAACAUGACCGCACGAUACGAAGUGCAAACCUCCGAGAAACUUGGCAGACACUUAGUGGCUGCCAAGGAUCUGAAAGCAGGGGAGUCGAUCCUGACCGACCAGCCGUUCGUCCUGGGUCCGAGCAGCGACACGGGGCUCGUGUGCUUCAAUUGCUAUCUGCCCGUGCUCAGUAAGUUCUUCGUCUGCAAGAACUGUGCUGUGGCGCCGCUCUGCCCGGAUGAAGGGUGUCCCGAGAAUACUGCAAAAUGGCACAGCAAAGCAGAGUGCGACGUAUUCCGUGACCUGAAACUUACAAAGGGUUUAAACCCUAUGACGAUGGUACAAAACGUAGGUUCACUUACUGCAUUGCGCGCGUUGUUGAAGAGGACUACUAAGCCCGAAGAAUGGGCAGAAUUCAUGAAACUUGAGACACAUUUGGAAGAAAGAAAGGGAACUAGCAUUUGGGAAUAUCACAACGGAACUGUAAAAUUCAUAGAAUCUUUUGGUCUUCUCGAUGGUGUUCAAGAUCAGGAUUUAGUCCAGAAGAUUUGUGCCGCAAUAGACGUGAACAGUAUCGAAGUACGCGGCCCGCUGGUCGUUGGUAUCGGGUGUUCGGAGAUUCUUCGCGGGGUGUACCUCAAGGCGGCAUUAUUGGCCCACGAUUGUACACCCAAUACGCACAUGUCCAUCAACGACAACAACUUGCUCGUGUGCCAUGCUAGUACUGAUAUCAAGAAGGGUGACAUCAUUUAUUACAACUAUACUGAUCCAUUGAAGGGUACUGCUCUUCGCCAACAACACCUUUUAGUGGGUAAAUACUUCAAAUGCACGUGUGCUAGAUGUAGCGAUAACACGGAACUCGGCACUUACAUCAGCUCAGCUCUAUGUCCGCAUUGCAAAGAGCUCGCCACUGAACUGGAAGGCGAAUGGAAAUGUACCAAAUGUGACAAGAAACUGGAGUCUGAAGUUCUCGGAUAUAAACUACAAUGCUGCUCGGAUAAAUUUGAUAUUAUAAACAAGAAGGACGAGAAGGAGCUUGAAGAGUAUAUUAAGAAUGUGUCACUGGUACUUGGACCGAACCACUACUUGCUAUUGGAAGCGAAGCAGACCUUGGCUGGUGUUCUUCGUGACGUCAUCAAUCGCGAACCGCGACCGACCAAGAAACUACUCCGGCGCAAGAUACAACUCUGUCAGGAAAUACUGCCUGUUAUUGAGAAACUCAGCCCCGGGAUAUGUCGAACUACAGCAAUUACGUUAUAUGAACUACACGCUACGAUGGUUCAGCUAGCAAAGAAAUUGUUUGACAGUAGAGAAAUCACAGGAUCAGCAUUUAUGGACGAGCUUAUGGAAGCUGAGAAACAUUUGAAAAGAUCACUAGAGAUGCUGUUCAUUGAGCCCGGGAACUCGCCGGAGGGGGAGUUGUGUGCCAAGGCACUGGAAGAGUACCGCGCCUUGAAAGUCACUAUGAACACUGUCCUCGAUGGAAUACAUGCCGAGGGAAAAACUUAUGUCAAUAGCGCCGAACGCGAGCGGGCCAAACCUAUUGACGCUACAGUCAACUAAAGACGGGGCAUAUUUGUUGUGUUACUUAAUUGAGACUGUUAUUUCCUGUUUUAUGAUAUUCCUACAAUCGUUUUGACUUUGUUUCGUUAUUUAUUGUUAUUCUCAAUGUUACUCUCAGUUUUAUAUGUUGUGCUAAAAUAAAAAUAUUUAUCACUAGA